AUGACUUCUCAGCGGUCUCUCCCUGCAGAUGACUUCGGUAUCUACUACGUCCUUGCAGAGUGCACAGAUUACUAUGAUACCCUUCCAGUUAAGGAGGCUGAUGGGAACCAGCCCCAUUUUCAGGGCGUCACUGGCUUGCGGAACUUGGGCAACACAUGCUACAUGAAUGCCAUCUUACAGUGUCUCUGCAGCAUCUUGCCGCUGGUGGAAUACUUUCUCUCCGGGAAGUAUAUCACCGCUCUUCAAAAUGAUUGCAGUGAAGUUGCCGCUGCUUUUGCCUACCUGAUGACAGACAUGUGGCUGGGAGACUCAGACUGUGUCUCAUCAGAAAUAUUCCGGUCAGCUCUUGGCAACCUCUACCCAGCAUUUACGAAAAAGAGGCAACAAGAUGCUCAGGAAUUCUUGAUUUAUGUCCUAAAUGAACUUCAUGAAGCUCUAAAAAAGAUUUCCAGAGCACCAAAAAUAAUUAUUUUUCACCUAAAAAGGUUUGACAUUCAGGGUACAACGAAAAGGAAGCUCAGAACGGAUAUUCAUUACCCACUCACUAACUUGGACCUCACUCCUUAUAUUUGCUCAAUUUUCCGGAAAUAUCCUAAAUACAACCUCUGUGCAGUGGUGAACCAUUUUGGUGAUCUGGAUGGUGGCCACUACACUGCUUUCUGCAAGAAUUCAGUCACCCAGGCCUGGUAUAGCUUUGAUGACACACGAGUCAGUGAGAUUCCAGACACUUCUGUUCAAAAUGCUACAGCGUAUCUCCUGUUCUAUAGCUGCCAGCCCUUUUCCAUACCAAUACAAAAGCGUUAAGAGCCAGGAAAAUGGUGUUUCCUGAACACUGCAAAACAAGCAAUCAGCAUCUGGUGGUAGAGUUUUGCUUGGUCAUUAAACUCUUAGAACUUACUUGCAUCAUUAACAUUUUCAUGCCUUGUGGGCAUGUUAUACAACCUUUUAUCUUAAGAUAAAUCUGUCGUCCAGAAGAUGGGUCUUGGUUCACUGAAAGAGGCAGUGUGAAUAUAAUGCAAUGCUAAUGGAUGGAGGCCUUCAAAACACUGCAAUUAUAUAGUGAGUUCAGGUUUCAAAAUUCAGUGUUUAUCAGAAAAUUUCUCAUAAUCAUAUAUAUUCAACAAAUUAUUUUCCAGAUACUCAUGAAGCUAAACAAAAAUAAUUUUUGUUCAAAUGGCUCUGAGUUUAAGAAUAUGAUUUGAAUAUAUUUGAUACAGUAAUUUAGCCAAGAAGUGGUCUCUUAGACUAAUUGUAAAACAUGAAAAGUUGUCAGCUUCACAAUUUGAACCCCAUCCUUUCAUCUUCUCCCUGAGAGCCUGCUAAUGGUGGUCUCUUUCUGAAACACUUUUGGAAUCUUAUUUAUUUUUAUAUGGAGUGUUUUACUGACUACAUAUAUAGCAACUGAGUCCCUCGGUUAAGUAAGUUAUAAGCUCCUUUAACCCUCUUAAUACAUCACUCUGUAAAGAUGUAGUUUAUAAUGCAGUUCACUUUGCAAUCAUGCCUGACUCCCGGCAUUUUUACUUUAAUAUUUAGAAUGAAUAUUCUCAAUAUGUGAGAAUACUAGUCUUGAAAGAAUGACUCUGGGUAUUAUAUAGCACGUGUGUGUAUAAAAUCUAUGGUUUUACUGUCCUAUAUUUGAUAAUACAAUAUUAAAGACAGAACAUCCACAGGGUUAUAAAUUAUUUUUCUCAUUAAGAUUUUAAUGUAGCUGUAAAUGAAAUUCUCGUUUUAAAAAAAUUAGUUUCCAUUUAUUUUUUUAGAAUAAAGGUUUAGUGCACAAAUACAGCCCAAAGCCAACAGAAAAAUCGCUUUGCCCUGUCAUUUCCCUAAGAAAGCACUGAAGUUACUCAAAAUAGGCUGAAAG